AUGCACCUCUUCAGCCCCUACAUCGCCACGGCGUUGACUGCUGCCCUGCUCGUCGUGGCUGACCAGGGUGAUGAUUGCAGCGCGCACAAGGCUAUAGCAGGAGAAUACGUUACUGGCGCCGUCCCAAUGAACGACGACCCCCUCGCCCACUUUGACACGCCCAUGGUCACAACCUUCAACUCCAGCGCCAGCGAGGUCUGGGCGUUCGAUGCAGGAUCCCACGAUGGCAAAGCCGGCAUAGUCGUCUACCUGAGUCGUGGCACCGUGGCUUCGAAUUUGGCCGCUCAGCGGGCCUUGAUCUCUGUCUCUUGGCCCAAUGGCUCUCGCUACAUGGAAAAUGCCUUCUACCAGCAGUCCGUCGUCACCAGCUGCGCUCACGAGACAAUCGGUACAUGGUCGGAUGGUGCUGAUGGCGACCAGGCCUCCUCCGUGUGGCGCUUCACCGCAUCCAGGGACCUCAGGCGUGCCAAGGUCUCCAUCAACUCGCCGACUAUUCAAGGAACAUUCGAGCUGGAAAACCGGGGCCCACCUUUGUACCCCGGGGGCUUGAUAUAUCCCAACCCAAACGCCAGCGUCCUACUAGCCCCAGAGAUGUAUUGGCAGGAGCACUUCCCCGUUGCGUCCGCGUCCGCCAACCUGAGCAUCAAGGGUACGCCCUUUGUGCUCUCCGGCGUGGGUGGGCGCGACAAGAACUGGAACUCGCGACCGUGGGCCGUCAUCAGCGGCAACUGGGACAUGGCUCGGGCCGUUGCCGGGCCUUACGGCCUCAUGCUGUGGAACUACACUUCGGGCGUGGACGGUCGACCGUACUUCAGUGCCACGCUCAUGAAGGAGGGGAACGUCGUCUUCCGCACCGUCGUGGAUGGCGGUGGGUCGUCGCCCGGCGCCGGCCACGGCACGUCCGGCACUGUAUCGCUGACGUAUGGCGGGCCUCACCACUUGACAUCACCGUCGGGAACGCCCCCGAUGUCUCGCCACACGGGCUAUGUGGUAGAUCUAGUCUCGCAACAGAGGCACUGGCGGUUCAACAUCGACUUCUCGCAAACGGUCUUCUGGUUUCCUGCGGACAAGGCUUUAACCGUCGGCCAGUAUGUGGGGAAUGUCACUGGUGGAUUAGUGGGUGGCCGGAGCUAUAAUGGAGUCACAUCUGGGUCGCUUCAGGAAUUUGUGUCAUAG